ACAAGCUCAGGAAACGUUGGUAAUCCCUGAGCGCUUACCGCGAACGAGUAUAAAUAAGGGACGUUCGAUUCGCAGCAGUUAAAAUUCAACUCUUAAAGUACGAGUUACUUAUGUAAUCUCUUUUUUAACUUGUUUUUAUGCAAGCGUGAACUCGGGCGCGUGAUUCUGAUUAACGUGCCAAAAUUGUCUAAUCGCAGGAGAAAAUACCAUGAUGAUGUGUGAAAAGUUAUCCAUGUUGAUGUUUGGAUUAUUCCUUGUGAUUUUUGUAACAUUUGCCUAUCAGGUAACAGGUCGAGAAGAGUCUUCGAGUUAUUAUACCGCAGCGGUUGUUGCACAUACGCCUUUUUUGAAAGAAGACAAUGGUCCAUUGACUUUAAAAGAGAACGCAGACGCGUACAUCAAAUACAUAGAAGAAGCUAGCCAACAUGGUGCGGAUAUUAUCGUAUUCCCGGAAAGAGGUCUCACAUCAAUGUUGGUGCCGGAUAGACCGCAAAUGGAUCUAUGGACGACGGUGAUCCCUUCCGCACAAGAUGAAUAUGUUCCUUGCACAAGGAGUGACAUCAAGGAUGUCAGUGAAACGUUGACGAGACUGUCAUGCGCAGCCAGAAAAAAUCGUAUAUACGUGGUGGUGAACAUCGCCGAAAAGGAUGGUAUAUAUUAUCACAACUCCAACGUUGUGUUUGAUCGAACAGGAAAGAUAAUCGCAAGGUACCGGAAUGUGAAUGUGUACGAAGAACCGUCGUUCGACAAACCGACAGCGGAAGUCGUCACGUUCGACACCGACUUCGGUGUAAAAUUCGGUAUAUUGAUAGGCUUCGAUACAUUAUUCUCCGAACCGGCUCUGAACUUGACGAGAAUGCUAGACGUUUCGAACAUCGUGUAUUCAUUCGCCUGGUACUCCGAGGUGCCUUUCUUAACACCUGUGCAAGUGCACGCCGGAUGGGCCUAUUCGUACGACGUCAAUCUACUAGCAGCCGGGUGUCACAAUCCGGAAUGGGGAAGCAGUGGCAGCGGCAUUUAUUGGGGUCGUGACGGAGUAAGAAACAUGACGAUGAUCAGCAAUCUGAAGCAUCGGCUUCUGAUCUCUCGAGUCCCAAAGAACCGGAACCCGCAAUCGUGCGCCGCGGACACCGAAGGAGACUGCACGACAACGACUCAUAACUACAUGCCACCUCUUCCAGACUGGCACAAAACAUUCGACUAUAAUGAGAUAAAACUAUAUCACGUCGAAUUCACAGAGUUUGGAUACGUUCAGCUAAAUGACACGCAGUUGGCCCAGACCAUUUGCCAGAACAACCUUUGUUGUGACUUCGAUAUUAGUGCAGAGGGCAUCGAUUCCACGCCCGUUAAUUACCGCGCUGUAGUUUUUGACGGAAUUCGACCCUACGGAUAUACCUUGGUUGGCGGCGCUCGUGUAUGCGGUCUGAUACAAUGUGCCAACGAGUCGAUAACUUCUUGCGGUUCCUUUAUGCAGACGAAUACUACUUUUACCCAUGUGACUAUUCGAGCGACAUUCGGUGAAGAUUAUUCAAGUACUAUAACGUUCCCUAGCGUGCUGAAUCCUGCGUUAUUGCCCUUCGAUCACUGGACGUUCACCGAGGAGGAGGAUGGUAACCAAACGAUCGUAACUAUGAUUCUGACGGAGCCUACAUCAGAACUCGUGACUUUCGGUACAUUCAGUAGAGUCUUCAGCAGAGACAAAUGGAUCCUCCCUUGAUCCUGGGCUCACAUGCCUUUCGACUGAUACAGCAUGUAUCGAAGUUUUAAAUAAAGCUUGAAGAUAACAUUGACACAA